AUGGCAUGCCCUGAGGAAGGCCUAAGGCAAAACAUUCUGCAGCUCGAGUUGAGUUUCUCUCGUGUGGGUUUCCUGCAGAGUGACAGUAUGGCUGAAACAUCUGUGUCAGAGGACGUGCAGCCUGUGGAGCGCAGGAGCAGCUUUGAAAUCCUGCCACCUCUCAUGUCUGAGCUGAGAGUUGUUCUGCUGGGGAACAGCUGGUCUGAGAGGAGUUCAGUGGGGAACUUGAUACUAGGAAAGACUUUGUUCAGCACAGAGGAUGAACCAGACCGCUGUGUGAGACACCGAGUGCAGCUGGAGAAGAAAGAAAUAGUUCUCAUCAACACUCCAGAUCUGCUGCUUCCUAGCAUCUUCCAACACAAACUUAAACUACAUGUGGAAAACUGUGUGAGACUCUCUGCUCCUGGACCUCAUGUGUUCCUGCUGGUUCUACAGCCUGAAGACUUCACUGAGAAAUACAGACUGAGACUCUGCAGAGUCCUGAAACUCUUUGGUGGCCGAUCCUUUGACCACUCACUGGUUCUGAUUUCGACACCCCGAGAGGAGAGUUCAAGUGCCAGGGAAAACUACAUGAACCAUCCACCCUUGAAAAACAUCAUCAGAAUCUGCAGAGGCCAGUUUUUAAGGAAGAAGACUACCGAGCGUCCAGACCUGCUGGCAUGCUUGGAACAAAUUGUGAAGGAGAACAGUGGAGAACAUGUGAGCUGUGAAGAAUUUGUAGAUUCAGCCUCUGCUUUAUCCAGCUAUCAUCAAAGACUGCAACAACAGGAAGUCCCUGCUAUCUCAUCUGAUGAAGCUACCGAGUCUGCACUCAGGAUUGUGCUGUUGGGGAAAAUUGAGCAUGAAAAGACAAGACUUGUGAACGUCAUCAUUGGAAAAGGCGAUCAUUUCCAAAAACAUUCUCCCUUAAAGCAAUGUGUGGUUACCUAUGGGGACUGGAGAGGAAAACCAUUAACAGUAGUUAAAGCCCCAAACAUCUUUAGACUGCCUUUGGAAACAGUGAAAGAAGAGAUGAAGGAAUGUGUGUCACUUUGUCCUCCUGGACCAAAUGUUCUGCUGCUGUUCGUGAAACCAUCUACAUUCACAGAGAGGAAGACACAAAGAUUGAAGUUCAUCCUGAGUUUGUUUGAUCAAGAUGCUUUGAAACACUCCAUGGUCAUCCUGACACAUGACCAGUAUAAAGGUUUCUUUGUGAAUCAGCUGCUUCAAGACUGUGGAGGAAGACACUACAGCAUGGCUGAAGAUGACCAAAGACUUUUGAUGAAGAAGAUUGAAAACAUUAUGCGUCAUAACAAAGGAAACUUCCUCACCAUUACUGAACACAUGAAACCAGCUCUAAACGUGGUUGUGUGUGGGAGGAGAGGAGCAGGGAAGACCUCAGCAGCCGAGGCCAUUUUAGGUCAGACAGAGCUUCAUUCAGUCUCCAGCUCAGAGUGUGUUAAACAUCAGGGAGAGGUGUGUGGACGUUGGGUUUCCCUGGUGGAGCUGCCUGCAUUGAAUGGAAAACCUCAGGAGGAAGUGAUGGAGGAAUCAAUCAGGUGUAUCUCCCUCUGUGAUCCUGAGGGCGUCCAUGCCUUCAUCCUGGUCCUUCCUGUGGGUCCCCUCACUGAUGAAGACAAGGGAGAGUUGGAUACCAUCCAGAACACUUUCAGCUCUCGAGUCAAUGACUUCACCAUGAUUCUGUUCACUGUGGAGUCAGAUCCUACAGCUCCAGCUGUUGAUAACUUUCUAAAGAAAAGCAAGGACAUCCAGGAGCUCCGUCAGAGCUGUGGAGGAAGACAGUUUGUCCUCAACAUCAGGGACCAGCAGCAGAUCCCAGAGCUGUUGGACAGUUUAGAAAAAAUUAGACCCAAAAAAGACAAACCAAGCUGCUACACAACAGAAACAUUCAUUGCCCAAAAAGAGAAAAACCAAGCCAGCCUACAGCCUGAACUUGGGGACCAGAAAACAAGCAACUGUAAUAACUCCUGUUGUUCUUGUCUCACAGGUGAUGAAGAGCAGCAGAGCCCAGAGAGUCUCAGGAUUGUGCUGAUAGGGAAGACCGGCUGCGGGAAGAGUUCUUCAGGAAACACCAUUCUAGGAAAAAAGGAGUUCAAAGCUGAAAUAGGCCAAAUAUCAGUUACUAAAGAGUGUCAGAAAGCAGAGAGUGAAGUGGACGGUCGUCCUGUUGUUGUGGUCGACACUCCUGGUCUGUUUGACACAACUUUGUCCCAUCAAGCAGUUAAUGAAGAGUUGGUGAGAUGCGUCAGUCUUCUGGCUCCAGGACCACAUGUCUUCCUUUUGGUGUUACAAAUUGGCAGACUGACAUCAGAGGAGAAGGAGACAUUAACACUGAUCAAGGAAGUCUUCGGGAAGGAUGCUGAAAAGUUCACCAUCAUCCUUUUCACCAGAGGAGAUUCACUGAAACAUGAGGAGAUUUCUAUUGAUGAAUACAUUCAGGAAAAAUGUGAUGAUUCCUUUAAGAGUCUGAUUGCUGACUGUGGAGGAGGAUACCAUGUGUUCAAUAACUAUGAUAAAGAAAACCAUGUGCAAGUUAUUGAGCUGAUAAACAAGAUCGACACCAUGGUGAAGAAGAAUGGAGGCAGCUGCUACACCAAUGAAAUGCUGCAAGAGGCCGAGGCAGCGAUACAGAAAGAAGUGGAGAAGAUCCUGAAGGAGAAGGAAGAAGAGAUACAGAGAGAGAGGGAGGAACUUCAGAGAAAACAUCAGGAAGAAAUGCAAGAGAUGAAAAGAAGACUGGAAGACCAGAGAGCAGAAACUGAACAAGAGAGAGAAUCCAGAAUCAGAAAGCUAGAAGAAAUGAAAGAAACAAUAAACAAGGAGCGUGAUAGGGGCAAGAUAGAAAAAGAAAGGAGGAAAGAAGAAGACAGGAAGAAAAAAGAACAGGAAGAAACUGAACAACAAGAGUGGGAAGAAAAGCUUAAAGGUUUGGAGCAACAAAUAAAAGUAAAUUCUGCAUCAGAUGAAGAAAAGAGAAAUGAGCUACAGCAGAAGAGAGAUGAGUUGAGACAGAAACAAGAAAGCCGCGAGAGGGAACAAAAAGAUUACUGGGGCGAACGGCACAUGGAAAAGGUGGAAAGACGAAAACAGAACAAAACAAGACUCAAAGGGCUCCAAAUGGAGCUGAAUCCCAUUACCGCCCCUUUCCCCUACCCCUCUGUCUGA